UAAGAGACGCUUGAGGUUCUACAGGUGCAACUAUCAGUCAUCAUGGAAUCAAUCCUGGAUCCCUCUGCCUUGCCUGACCCCACCCCAACAGUGACCUUUGACCCUAAGUCUGAAACAGUCACCCUUCCCAGCAGGGUGGUCUCUGUGGCAGGUGUCACCGUGGUAACUGGGGGCACAGAGAUGUCCUGGGGCUCCUGCAUGCUGGCCUUUGGGUUUUGGGGCACCCUGAUUGGCGUCAGUGCGGUUUCUGUGGGACUGUGGGACUCAUUGCACACGGGUGGAAACAGCUCCAUCCUACUGGUUUUGGGUUUGGUGGUUCUGGGUAUCAGCUCAGGUGUCGUGUUCGGGGUUGUAGUGUUCCGUUCCAUAAUGAAGAAGAGAGGACUGUCGAGAAGAGAGAGGGAGGAAGGGAAACUUGUGCUAGUGGCUGAAGAAGGAAUGAAUGUUAUUAAAACUGUGACUGUGUGAAAAUGGAAGGAGGCAAAUAUUGAUUGUGCUUCACUGAAUUUACACUACAGUUCAAAGGUUGGAGUCACUGUUUUCAGUAAUAUAAAACCAAUUUAACUGCAGAUUAAUGUGUGAAAUUAGUUUUAACAGCUUUAGAACUUCUAAUUAGUAGGAGGCUGUAAAAAUGUGAUGAACAGAGCUGCAGGACAUCGAGAAUGAAGGUGUAGUAAUACUGAUAUUUUAAAAGUGGUGAUCACAUAUCAUACUGUCAUUGAUAUAUGGGUCGUUCUCCAUUUGGAGGGGAAACCGUGUCACAACC